AUGGCAUGCAUCAAGAGGACAGCUCUGUUCUGGGUGCAUGAGAAACUCAGCCUCGUGGCCUGGGGAGGAAUGCCACCACAUCCCGUCAGACCUCGUGUUUCAUCUGGAGUUCUUGGGGACCCCUGCCAGAUACUCCAACCAUCACCAUCCUACGGCACAGCUGAGAUUGCCCCCGGCUGUCUAAUGUCACACUGUAUUCUUAAUCAAGGUGUGGAUUCCAUAAUGAAGUCAGGAAGUGAUUAUCCAGAUGUCAGUGAAGAGCACAAUCUGCUAUCAGAGCUACCAAUGGAGGGAACAGCCCACAGCUCCUACUACCCCAGAGCUCAGCAAGAAGGUAGCCCAGCAAAUAUGGAAAAGAGGGGUGCCCUCACCAGCAGCACCAUCAUGUGUCAGUAUCUGUGGGAGCUCUAUAUGCUAAGAGUCUGGGGCCUCAGCAGCUACAUGAAAGGGCCCAAGACACUGACAUCAAGUCAAGAUCAGCCUACGACCAUUGAGACUGCCCUGUAUAGACAAUGUCCCUUGGAUGUCACUGUAUUUGUGCUGUCCCUUGGCUGGCUGUCCUCUUGCUGUACUAGUGACCAUGGAAAUUGGAAACUGACCAUUUCGACCAUUUCAGCUUCUCUUCUCCCCACCCCUCUGUUUGCAGACAACCAAGGGCGACCGCACAGGCUGCAGAAUGACACUGACUGUGGCACCUGGGUAGGAGAGGGUCCAGGCCCCUCCGUGGUACUGGAAGCAAACUACAGCAGCUGCUACGUCACUGAGUCGGACUCGUACUACGUCAUGCUGGUCGGGGUUGAAGAGGUGGACGCAGCUGGACACAACCUGGUUACAAAGCAGCAGCUGCUUAAGUGUCCGACGCAUCUCCCAGCUCCAGAUGCUGGACUAUGCGACUCUGUCCCAGUGUGGGACAGGCUGCCCUGUGCUACUGCACCCAUCUCCCAAGAAGACUGUGAGGAACUAGGUUGCUGUCACAGCUCCGAAGAGGUAAAUGCCUGUUACUAUGGAAACACAGUGACCUCACACUGUACCCAAGAGGGCCACUUCUCCAUUGCCGUGUCCCGGAAUGUGUCCUCGCCCCCGCUGCACUUGGAUUCUGUGCACCUGGUCUUCGGGAAUGACAGUGGAUGCCAGCCUGUGGUAGCAACGCGUGCCUUUGUCUUGUUUCGAUUCCCGUUUACUGCCUGUGGUACCACAAGACAGAUCACUGGAGACAGAGCAAUAUAUGAAAAUGAGCUGCUUGCCACUAGGGAAGUGAGAACUUGGAGCCAUGGCUCUAUCACCCGUGACAGCAUCUUCAGGCUCCGAGUCAGCUGCAGCUAUUCCAUAAGCAGCAGUGCUCUCCCAGUUGAUAUGCACGUGUUGACUCUUCCACCACCACUUCCGGAGACCCAGCCUGGGCCCCUCACUGUGGUACUUCAGAUUGCUAAAGAUAAAGACUACCACUCUUACUAUACCGUGGAUGACUACCCAGUGGUGAAGUUACUUCGGGAUCCCAUCUACGUGGAUGUUUCCAUCCUUUACAGAACAGACCCCUACCUAGGUCUACGCCUCCAUCAGUGUUGGGCCACACCAACGACAAACCCCUUGUAUUGGCCACAGUGGCCCAUACUGGUGAAGGGAUGCCCUUACACUGGAGACAACUAUCAAACCCAGCUAAUCCCAGUCCAGGAAGCCUUCGAUCUGCCAUUCCCCUCUCACCACCAGCGCUUCAGCAUUUCCACCUUCAGCUUUCUGGAUUCCUCGGUGACAAAGGAGGCUCUAAAAGGACCGAUAUAUCUGCACUGCAGUGUGUCAGUCUGCCAGCCUGUUGGGACACCAUCCUGUAUGGUAACCUGUCCUAUUGACAGUCGAAGAAGAAAUUCUGACAUCCAUUUCCAGAACAGUACUGCUAACAUUUCUAGCAAGGGACCCAUGAUUCUACUUCAAGCCACAAAGGAUCCUUCAGAAAAGCUCCAUAAACACUCAGGUGUUCCUGUGCAUCCUGGAGCUCUAUGGGUGGCAGGCCUUUCUGGGAUCUUCAUCAUUGGAGCCUUGCUCGUAUCCUAUGUGGCAAUCAGGACACGAAGAUAAGUUCCUUGGGCCAAAUAUAUCAA